AUGAUGUCAAGACUUGUCACUUGCUUUGGAAAGCCUGAUCUGAUAUCUGUUUUCCCCUCGUUGACGCCUGAACCUGAGCCUAUCAAAAUGGCGCCCCCACCUGAAGUCCUAAAGGACCUCCAAGGAGAUAUCUGGCCCGGUCUGGGAAAGUCCCAUGAGACAUUCUACUUGUUCAACAUCACAAACCCGGAUGUCUUCAAGAAGAGAGUCAAGGCCCUGGUGGAUCAAAACAAGAUCACCAGCGCCGAGGAAGCCCUCAAGAAAAGAGCCCAGAACAGAGACCCCCACUCGGCUGGGCCUGAGGCUGGCAUCAACGUCGGUUUCAGUCCCCAGGGGAUGCAAAAGCUGAAAUGGUUUUCCAUGGACGACCUCGGCAGAGGAAACACCCUUACCAACCGGCAAUUCUGCGAUGGAGCGGGCACGCUGGCACUCGACCAAGGUCGUGAUAUCAUCGAGGAUUACGAUCCCUGGAUGGUCGGCCACAUCAAGGGUACAAAGGUCAUCCAUGGCGUGUUUAUCAUCUGCGGCGACAAGGAUAGCUGCGAAGCAGGGGAGGCUUUGGUCUCGAAGGCGCUCGGUGACUCGGUUGACCACAUCCACAGCCUCAAGGGGAGUGUUCGGACGGGUGAAGCUAGAGGGUUCGAGCAUUUCGGGUUCAAGGAUACCAUCUCCCAGCCUAGAUUGGAAGGGUGGGACAAGGAAGAUGCAUUGUCGCUUCCUUAUCAGUGCAGACCAGGUGUCAUCGUAAUGAACCACCCCGGCACAAACGGGUUCGAUAAAGAUGUGGGACAGUGGGAGCCCGAGUGGGCGAAGAACGGCAGCUACUUCGUUUUACGCCAGAUGGAGCAGGACGUGGGCAAGUUUAAGGAGCAUGCGAAAAAGCUUGCAGAGGACAAAUCGCUAGGCUUGAACUUGAAACCACAUCAAUUGGAAGCCCGCUUUGUUGGGCGAUGGCACAGCGGGGCGCCCCUUGAGCACUUCCCCAAGGAAGACCCUGCAAAGGACAAGAAUGGCCCGCAAUGGGACUUCGGUAACAAGUGGGAGUACAAUGAGCCCUUUGAUGAGAUGAAGUGCCCUUACGGCUCCCACAUCCGCAAGUCAAACCCCCGAAACACCUUCAACCAGUCGCCACACAACAAAGACAAGAGCUUGAUCAUGCGCCGCGGAAUCCCUUACGGGACUGACUACAGCGAGAACACAAAGGACGAUAAGCGCGGUCUUUUGUUCGGCUGCUACCAGAGCAAUGUGAUGAACGGUUACGCCUGUAUUAUGGACAGCAAGUAUCCCCUACCUACUGAAGUGGGCGCCAUUAACGCGUCAACAGGAUGGAUCAACAACGAUGGGUUCCCCUUGAAGGAUUCCGGCCAGGAUGUCCUGGUGGCUCAACCCAUCAAGGGCGCUGUUCGUGAUUCUGACAAGACAUUGCACGCUAACCUGUACGGCUUGGAUGAGAGCGGCAAUCCCCACGUUCUGGACAGCAACAACCAGCCACCAGCGGAAAAGAAGAAGCGCUGUGACUUCCCCGGCUUCAUCAAGAUCCGCGGUGGUGAGUUCUUCUUCACGCCUCCCAUCUCUUUCUUUGAUAAGCUGGUCAACAAGGUAUAA